CAGCCCUCUACGGCUUUCUUGUAUACUCUAUAGCAACCCUGGAGCUCCUCCCAGACAUAGGUUGAGCUUCAUCGACUGUUUCUUUUCUCGAUUUUGGAUUUCGACGAUGUCGUUUCUCGGAGGCGCGGAGUGCUCGACCGCGGGCAACCCACUCUCACAGUUCACAAAACAUGUCCAGGACGAUAAGUCAUUGCAGAGGGACCGUCUGGUUGGGAGGGGGCCUGGGGGUGUGCAGGAGGGUAUGAGGAGUCAGCAGAUGGGUGGAGGGUCGGACGGGAUGAUGAACGAAUUCAUGCAGCAGCCUGCCCAGCUCCCCCAGGCACAUGGUCCAGCAUCGCCCUUCGCGAUGGAGCACAUGCGGAGAGAACUGGAGCGGGCACAGCACAGCGGAUCCCCAGGCUGGGCAGCAGAGUUUGACCCAGGAAUGGAGGCACCAGCAGCCAUGGGCCCGGGGCUGCAGGAGAGACCCGCAGGCUUCAAUCCCGCCGAGUUUGCAAAAUACCAGCAGAUGAACCCGACCGCCCGGACAGCGAGCCCGACAGUCAGUUCUCCGCCGUCGAUGAUGGGGUACCAGCGGCCGAUGGGCUUUGGCAUGGGAAUGAAUGGAAUCGGCAUGGGCGGCAUGGGCAUGAUGCAGCAGCCAUAUGCUCCACAAAACUUCCAGCAGCCCAUGCAAGACUCUGGCAAGGGCAAAGGCCGCAUGGUUGAGCUCGACGAUCAAGACUGGGAGGCACAGUUCGCACAACUCGAAAAGUCAGAUCAACAGCAGGAUCUCGAUGCUCUAGAUAGGGAAGCGAAUGCGCAUAUAGAGGCGGAGCUGAAUGAAAUGGACAGGUCAGUAGAUCUAGACGCUCCUGAUUUCGGCGAUUUCGAGUCCAUUUGGAGGGGCAUCCAAGCUGAGACUGAGCACGCUAGACAACUUGCCAACGAGGAGAACUUCGUCGACGGCAUGCACAUGGGCGACAUGGAUCAGUGGGAGGGCUUCGAUGGGCUGAACACGCAUUCCGCUCGCGAUCCCCCGUUUAGCGACUAUCUUUUCGAGCAGAAUAAUCCCUUACAAGACAUGGUCAAUCCAUUCGAGGAAGGCAUCAAAAUAAUGGAAGAAGGCGGGAACCUCUCGCUUGCGGCGCUUGCGUUUGAGGCUGCUGUUCAGAAAGAUCCACAGCACGUUGCAGCUUGGGUGAAGCUGGGAGAAGCGCAAGCUCAAAACGAGAAAGAGACACCUGCGAUCCGCGCCCUUGAGCAGGCAUUAAAGUAUGAUCCUUCGAAUAUCGAUGCCUUAAUGGGUCUCGCGGUAUCAUACACAAACGAAGGAUAUGAGAGCACAGCAUACCGCACAUUAGAGCGAUGGCUAGCUACGAAGUAUCCGACAUUGAUCAAAGAACCUUUAUCCUCGGACGCUGACAUGGGCUUCACGGACCGACACCUCCUCCACGAGAAGGUCACGAAUCUCUUCAUCGAGGCUGCACAGUUGUCGCCUUCGGGUGAACAGAUGGAUCCGGAUGUGCAAGUGGGUCUAGGUGUACUCUUCUACGGCGUGGAAGAAUACGACAAGGCCGUCGACUGCUUUGGAGCCGCCCUCGCCUCGACCGAAUCAGGAACCACAAACUCAUCAUCGCAAGUCCAUCUACUCUGGAACCGCCUCGGCGCCACCCUUGCGAAUUCAGGAAGGAGUGAAGAAGCCAUCGACGCGUACUCCCGUGCUCUGUCCCUCCGACCCAACUUCGUCCGCGCACGUUACAACCUUGGCGUGUCGUGCAUUAAUAUUGGAUGUUUUACGGAAGCUGCGCAACACCUUCUCGGCGCUCUGGCGAUGCACAAAGUCGUUGAGCGGGAAGGCAAAGAGCGCGCGCGAGAAGUGGUGGGCGAUGGCGUGUCAGAUAGCCAGCUCGAUAACAUGAUCCAGCAAAACCAGAGCACGAAUUUGUACGAUACACUAAGGAGAGUAUUUGGGCAGAUGGGAAGGAGGGAUCUUGCAGAUAUGGUGGGCCCGGGUCUAGAUGUGGAGAAAUUUCGAGGAGAGUUUGAGUUUUGAGAUGGAGGUAGAAGUACAGAGAAAUGCGAAUAUAAAUAAUGAAGGGUAUAACGACUGGCUGUUGGAAAAGGUCAGGGAGAGGGAGCGAGAGAUUCUGAAUGGCAGGGGCGAGGAAAAUGUUGGCGAUAGUUGCUGCUGGGGCACGCGGAGUGCGGAAGUUAGCAUGGAUUGUGUAUGGAAAAUUCGCGGUGGUGUUUAGGUUUGUCAUUGCAUGCAUACAUGUAUGCAUAUCAAUGAAGGGGCUUGGAUGCACUUCUGCC